AUGGAAGACCCCAACGCAUGGGCCAUAUACUCCUCCGAUAAACAGCGCACACGGCGCGGAUGGCAGUCCAUCGCAGCCAGCCUCGGCCGCCAGUUGUCCACCACCCCACAACAUCUCUCGAGGGUCCUGUAUGUCCCCCGGCACGACAAUACCACCUCGCAUCUCCCCUUGUACGAUGUCAGCGCGCAGUAUACCGAGGCUGUCGGCGAUACGCCCAUCGGGUCCAGCAAGUACACCGUCUCCCUGGGGAUGAUGAACCGGCCCAAGGGCGACGGCACGGACAGUAUCCCCGUGGCGUAUAUCGUUAACUUCAGCUCUGGAGGUGGUCAGGCUGUGACGGGGACGGUGGAGUAUCGGGGAUCGCCAGAUGGCACAGGCGGCGCCGAGGUAGAAUUCACAAUGCGCACCACCGACGACGAAGCGUGUUCUAUCAAGUCAAAGGGUGAAAAUGUACAGUCAGAGCCAGUGGCAGUGGGCCUCUCGUAUCCCAUCCCGCCUUCUCAGACCAAAGUCGGAACGAUCAAGCAUCCUUAUUUCCACUUUACUUUGCCAUCUGAGGCCCAGGCAGCGCAGUUUGCCUGGCAGAUCCAUCCCGUCGAGCAGGGACCGCUGCGCUACACUCUAGUUCGCAUGCCGGUUGCAUCCGCAGAAGGAGAGAACCCUGAGCCUCAGGCAGAGAUCCAAGCUAUCUAUCAUCAUAUCGGGCUCGGUGUGUCGCUUUCACAGUCCCAUAGCGAGGGUAUUUUACUAUUGCCACCAUCGACGGAUCCCAAGACAGAGGCUAUGAUAGUGGCCAGUGCUUUGGGGAUGCUCUGGCGAAUGCGUGGGCUGGAUGGAGGCAAGGGGAAUAAAGGAGAGACAGCCCCGGUAAUCAAGAAGAGUCGGUUCGGGUCGGUUAAGAAAUUGCUCAAGGGCAAGAACUAA